GUUAACAUUGCUUAAAACUAGAUUAUAGACAAAACAAAAAAUCUAUCAAUUUUUAGCUUCUUGAAUGAUACGUUUUGCUGUAAUUUAUCGAGUUAAAGAUGGUCUGGCUCUUUCUGCCUCAACAGAUAUUGAUGCUGGUCUUGAAUUAAGAGAUAGUAAGCGUUAUGCAAAAGUUAUUACACGGAAAAUAAAGCAGUUUGGCACAAGAAGUUGGAUGGCAGUUGGACAGUUCAGAAUUUUCUGCACAAGUGAAUCAGAAUGUUGUUUUCUUCUUAUAAGUGAAGCAAAUUUGCAACCAAUACUCGCAUACAGUUUUCUUGAAGAACUUAAAAAAGAUUUCUUUAAUAAAUUUACACCAAAUGCAGUGCAGAAGGCUAUAAGACCGUAUUCAUUUAUAGAAUUUGAUGGAGUAAUUCAAAAACAUAAACAACGUUAUAAUAAUACAAGAACACUCUGUACAAAAGUUUCAUUGGGUAGUAUUUCAGAAGAGCUUCAAAAUAACCCGCCGUUAGAGAUAACAGAACAGGAUCUUUUUGGUACUGUCAUAGCUGCAAGUGUUCUAAGAAAAACACAGUUACCAUCAUCAUCAAAAUAUACAACAAAAUCAAAUCCUUUAUCAAUGAUAGGAAAGUUGUCAUUAGUAAUGGUGCUGUUAUGUGGGAUUUUAAAUUUUAUGAGAUUAAUGCUGUUUAUUACUCAAUAUCAUUAUGAUCAUGAAGAUGAGGACCAUUGGUUAAGCAUUUGUAUAUGCUACUCUUUAUCUUCUAUCAUAAACAUUGGACAGUGCUAUCUUCUAAUAUAUGAAGUUCAAAAAAGAACAAUCAAGAAUAUUUUGUGUAUUCUGGCUAAUAUGGUUUUGCUUUAUUAUUUACGAAGUCUUCGAGAUCAUACUCAAACUAUGUUUCAUCUUUUAUCAAAUUUUUUAAUAUUUUAUAGUAUAUCUAUGAAAACAGCAACAGUUAAGCCGUCUAAUUAUAAUAUUUAAAUUUAUUUAAUUUUUUUUUGUUAAUUUAUUGCAAUUAUUUGAAACGGUUUUCAUAUUAUUGUAAAUUUAGUUUUACACUAAAUAUGUAAGAAAUUUUAAAAAUCUAUUC